AUGGAACCAAUUGCGAAAUUAUUUUGGAAAAAGCUAAGAGAAAUAAAGGCAAAACCGGCCAGUGGAUCAGGUGGAGGAGAAAAAGCUAAAAAAGUAGAAUGGUAUCUCAUGGGACUUAUGUCAUUUUUGAUCCCACAUAUUAGUCACCAAAGAGGUCGUAGUUCUAUGGGAAAUCAACAUUUGUCUACAUCAUGUACAUUAUUCAAAAUUUCUUCCUGUGUACCACAGUCAUUUGUAAGCAGCAAAGGAUGCAUCAUUGAGUCUGUACAGAACAAUAGUGUAGAUGUUAUUAAUGAUAAUGCUAGCUCAGAAUGUGAGAGUUUUGUGCAGAACGAUAGUGUAGAUAUUGUUAUUGACAAUAAUGCUAGCUCAGGAUGUGAGAGUUUUGUGCAGAAUGUUAGUACAGAUAUUGUUAUUGACAGUAAUAUUAGCUCAAGAUGUGAGAGUUUCGUGCAGAACGUUAGUAAAGAUAUUAUUAUUGACAAUAAUAUUAGCUCAGAGAGUUCUAGGAGCUAUGAUUAUGUUAAAUCAAAGCCUGAAACUAAUUCUGUCAUUUUAAAAAAGAAAAAAGUCGUGCCUGAUUUAGAUGCUUUUGCAAAAAAGAGGCAGAAGAAUGAUAGUCAUGUAGAAAACCUCUUGGCACAGUCAACCUCAGUCUUAAAUAAUCUUGCAACAGUUGUACAUAAAUCUAUUUCUAAAUGUAGUCCUGACGAAAUAAAUGAACAAAAAUAUAAAGCAAAUCUUUUUGCUGAGAGCAUUGUAGCUGCAUUUGAUAAAGUGCCAAUUAUGAAACAA